AUGUAUUCUGAUCUGUUUUUCAACGUCGAUGGAGGUUAUUUGGAGGGUUUAGUUCGUGGAUUUAGGUCUGGUAUACUCAGAAGAACUGAUUAUCAUAAUUUAGAGCAAUGCGAGACGCUUGAAGGUAUGUUUAUAAAAACACAUUUUGUAGUUUAAUAUUUCUCCAUGAGCGGUCAUGUGAUUCAUUCAUGGGAAUAUCUUGUAGUUUCUUGUUUAUUUUUGUUGUUCUAUAUUGAUUAUGUUUCAUCAAUGUUUCUGAUAUUGUGUUUUGUUGAAGAAGAGGGCACAUCAAGAAAUAGAUUCUGUAGAUUGAAAUUUCGAGUCUGAAUUUUAUGAAGGCAAAGCCUUACAUUGUUGCAUAAAAUUUUCUUUCGGUUUAUAGGUCUAUUAAAUAUACAAAAUUCACACUAUAAAAUUUGCAUCUACAAAAUCUAUCUUUGAUUUUGAAUUCAUCUUACAACCCAAAAUCCAAAAUAGAUUUUGCCCGACAGUUUUGGAUAAAAAAUAGCAAAUAUUUACAUGGUUAAACCUCCAGCAAGCUGACAGCUUUGGAACUGAAUCACAUUGUCUGCUUAGACCUUAUUCACACUCUGCAGGAGCAGUUUGAAAAACGGCACAGAAACGCCGCAAUUAGCCGUUGCAUUCACACAACCGCUGGAGCAAAAUUGUUUGAAAACGUCACUUUUGCCGUAACAAUUUGACGGUCUAGAUACCCGAAGAUGCAAGUUCAAAUCCCGCUCGAGCCAUCAAAUUUUUUUUUGGUCGAUUGCAGUGUCAGUAUGAUAUGAAACUGGUUUUUCGUAUCUCUGAGGAUGGUUCUGAAAUAGAAUUUGAGCACAGUUAAUACAUUUACUCGCUGGUGUUUUGAUGAAAUCCUGAUUCCUGCCCCAUCGCCUGCUAUGUUCAUGCAGUCAGGGCUGCAAAUAAAUAUUUGACUUGGCAGGACAUUUGUCCGAUCACUUUUAAUUUUGGUCCGACAUAACUUUAAUUUGGUCGGACAAAAACCAACACCACUAAAUUUGGUCGGACAUAUACCGUAUACGUCACAACAUAUACAAAAGUCACAAGACAAGUAUGUAUAGCCAUUCCGGCGCAACUUUAAGUAAAACGCUAGAAUGCCUCGUAAAUUUUAUUGCAAAAUGCAAAUUGUGUGAAUUUGCAAUCGGAUUUUGUCACAGCAAAAAAAUGUAUAUGUCUGACAAUUUUUUUUUGUGAUCGGACCAAUGUCUGAUCAAAAUUACUUUUGCUCGGACAUUUGCCAAAUUUAGUCGGACAUUGUCCGAUGUCCGACAGUAAUUUGCAGCCCUGUUUGUCUAUGCUUUGAUAGAGCAGGGUUUCGGCGAACUCGCUGUGCGAAAGCCCCUGUAUUCCCAGGCUUCCUUUCCGUCCAAAGGACAUGCCAAAAUCUCAAUCAAUGAUCUAAUAACAUAUUCCAACUUUGAAAAAAUGACAUUGUUUAAGAAUAAUGAUAAGGAUACGCUUCGGAUGUCAAUUUUUUGUCACUAAAGUGGCUAAUAAAAUGGCGGAAUACAAAACAAUCAAAACAUUUUAGUGUGCAAAGCAUCACGGUUGACUGUGAUUGGGUUGUUCCAGAAAAGAUCCACACUCCCCCCACGGAGGAAAUUUCUGCCGUCCGGAGGGGGAGGGGAGACAAAAUUGUUUCUGAUAAUAGUAAAUGUAUUAGGACAUCCGAGGGGGUAGGGGGAUUAACUUCCAAUUUCCUCCGUGGGGGUGGUAUGGAUGUUUACUGGGAUGACCCAUUCUUUAAUAAUUGCGACAAAUCAUUGAAACCUAACUUUUCAGCCUGCCAGACUAUUGGGGUUGGUCAACGUUGCACUCAAUAUUUUAUAGACUUGAAGCUACAUUUGCAAAGUACAGAUUAUGGCAGUUUUCUACAGAACGAGGCUGGUCCUCUCUCUGUUUCUGUCAUAGAUGACAGACUUCGAGAAAAAAUGGUCACAGAGUUUCGACAUUUAAGAAAUCAGGCUGUCGAACCUCUGGCAACGUUCAUGGAUUAUGUCAC